ACCGGGUUCCCGGUCCGCUGAAUUUAGGGACCGGCUGCAAACUAGGUGGGACGGGAACUUUCCUUCCGGGGAGGACUCCGGGGCCGGCUGCUGGGUUCGGGAACGCCCCCGUCCGGGUCCCGCGCGGCCUGGCACCCGGGCUCUUGAGCCUGAUAUGGCCCACUGUGGAGCAGGCGGCGCGGCCCCGGCGGGCCUUCCGAGGUCCCCGGGGCUUGGCAGGAAGGGGCUGCCCAGGAAGGGGUCCGGGGAGCGGCGCCGGCUGAAGGCGGUGGUGUCGGAGCAGCUCAGCCGCGACGUGCUCAGGCUUUUAAGGGAAGAGAUGCACACAGACAUGGUUCUUUCUGUCAGUGGCUCGCUGUUCAAAGUGCACAGGGCAGUCUUGUUAGCCAGAGCCCCUGGCUUUCACUCCCACAUCACUGGACACACGUCAAGGGGCCUAACAGAUGAGCUCAUUCCUGUGGACAGCGUUGAAGCUUCGGAAUUUAAAGCGUUUUUACAGAUUGUGUAUUCAUCAAACAAAAGUGUAAAAAACUAUGAAGAGGAAAUUCUUCAAAAAAUGCAAGUGGGAAACGUAAUGCCAGAAAAGGGGCUGGACGUCAGCUUCCUGCAGUGUAGAACUUCAUCUGACUGCUUUCUUGGGAAACACGAAAUCCCAGCGGAUGUUACCAGUGGAGGUGACAGUUUUAUUUCCAAGGAUGAUUGUGACCUGGAACCGGUGUCUGAAUUAGGAGCAGAUUUGCUGAAGCUUUACCUGAGUCAGGAUUAUCACGACAUUGACAUUUGUGUUGAUGGGAAAAGCUUCAAAGCUCACAGGGCCAUUUUAAGUGCCAGGUCGAGUUACUUUGCUGCAAUGCUGAGUGGCUGCUGGGCUGAAAGCUCCCAAGAGUGCAUUACUCUUCAAGGUAUAACCCAUGUGGAAAUGAGUGUUAUGAUGCACUUUAUAUAUGGAGGGACUUUGGAUUUUCCAGAAAAGGCUAAUGUUGGUCAGAUACUGAACGUGGCUGAUAUGUAUGGACUGGAAGGAUUAAGAGAAGUAGCAAUCUAUGUUUUAAGAAGAGAUUACUGUAAUUUCUUUCAGAAGCCUGUUCCCAGAACGUGGGCAUCUAUUCUAGAAUGCUUAGUCAUUGCUCAUUCGGUCGGAGUGGAAAGCCUUUUUGCUGACUGCAUGAACUGCAUUAUAAGCCAUUUUGCAAGGUUUUGGUCGGAAAGAAGCUUUGCAAAUGUUCCUCCUGAGAUUCAGAAAACGUGUCUCAGUAUGCAGAUUCAGUCCUUAAACCAUGGGAAUGCCGCCUUGCUUCUGAUGGAAAGUGAUAAGCUAAUCACGGGUCUGCCCAGGGUGAAGUGGACAGAAGCAGCCCUGUCGAUGGCAUCUCAGCUCCAAGGAGAGUGUGUGACGUUCAUUGUACAAAACUUCUCCCAGGUCAUGGAGAGUGCGAGCUUCACUCUUCUCCUGCAGUCACAAGCAAUGAGCAGCACAGCUCAUCUGUUGGACAAAAUUUUUAAAGCAAUUGAAGACAGUAUCACCGCUGAGAAUAGCUGCUCUCUGCUCAUGGCUCUGGACACAUUACUGAAGUCUGACAGUGCAGAGGAAAUGGGCUUUACGUGCAGGAUCCAAGCCGUACGUGAUAAGCUGUGGACCUUCCUGGUUCAGUCGUUCUAUGCUGUCCGUCACACAGAGAGCUGGAAGCUGAUGCACAUAGAUGAUCAGCAGAAAAUCCAAGCAGCCGCACUUGACAAGGGUGAUGACCGCAGGCUUGGCAGGAAGCCCGUGCUCUCCAGCUCCCAGCAAAGGAGACAAGGCUCUGAUGUUAUAAAAAUAAAACCUUGGACGGGAAAUAACAAAAAACUGUGUCGGGCGUCUCCCUCUACUAAUGAGAAGAUGAGAUCUGAUGGACUAGGAGCGUCAGGGCAUGCAUCAGGCACUCACAGAAACAGUGUGAACAAAGUGUCCAAGCAUGGCGAGGGCACCAAAGUGUCCAAGGUGACCACAGAGGUGAAAACCGGGGCAACACAUGUCCCUGGCAAGCCUAAAACUACAAUAAAGCCCCAAACAGAAAACAAUGCUCACACAAAGUUAGAAAGUAUAUCAUCCACAGUUGUGGGAAGACCAGCAAGAAUGGCAGCGACUGGACGGAAGGACCUGGCACAUGGAAAAGGGAUCCAGAACCAAGAAGGGGAGACCACAGGGGCCAGGCCCAAGGUUCUCACUGCAAACCUGAACACACAAGCCAGAGCCAAGCCUUUGCAAACAGUGAAAGGGAAAGAUAAUGGGUGCUCCGCCACUGUGGGGCCCUCCAGUAGAUCUGCAAAUUCCAGCAUGGAACGUUUGGCUUCCACAGGCUCUGUGGAUGAGACAAAAGAAAACGGAUCAGUAGAAGACAAGUCUUGUGACAAGAAGCCAUACGUUAGUGCUUCCCCGGGACAGAUGGUGUACAAUGGAGUAACGUCAACUGUAGUGAAGUCUCGACCAGUUUCAAGAGUUACCAGUGGAACAUCCAGCAAGAAAAGCUUUAUUCAUGAGCAAGGCCCUUCUGUGACUAGCAGGUGUGUAAGCUCACGUUUUUGGAAUGUCACUACACUACUAAGUGCAAUCAUUCUUCUCAGUGUAAUAAAGAAAGGGAGAGGGAGCAGCAAAGGACUUAACGAUUCAGCACCACAGACAGCGGCCAAGAGAGGAGGGAGCAGCAAUGGAUAUGCAGCAGCUCAGCCUCGGACAAAGAGCGCCCCUCCCACCCUGGCUCAGACCCAAGGAUCGCAAGGAGAGUCGCCACACUCAGUAAAAUCUUCCAUAUCUUCAAGGCAGUCUGAUGAAAGCGUAACAAGGUUGAGGCACGGAACGGACAAACAGAUGCCUAAGAGAAAAGUUGUCAAGCAAGGACACGCAACUUUGCAGAAGGUUAAUGCAAAGCCAACACCUAAAAACCCAAGUCAGUCCACGAAAGGUGGAACCAUGACCAGUAAAGACUCAAAACAAAAAGUGCUUCCUGGACAAGUUACGCUGCAAAGUCAGGCUUCUCAACGGCCUUCCAACCCCGAAGCAGCCACCACACAGAGAAGCGUGCUUCAUGGUGUGAAUGACAACAGGAGCCAGGUCUUUAAACAGAGGCCUCCUGAGUCCCUGGUUAACCUUGCUAGUGACACCAAUGGUCCUGAAGCAUCCCCGUCACCCUGCAGACCUCAACCACAAAGUCCGUUAGGCAAUCAGGAGAAAACGAGACAGGAGCGAGAACACCAAGAUGGGUCAACCCUGGGUGAUUCAGUAAAACAUGAGCUGAGGUCAGAACUGACCAGUAUAGAGCAAAGCCACACACCCGCUUACAAGGUCUCAAGUCAGUGCAGUGCAAACCCAAACUGUGGGUGCAUCGCUUCUCUGAAACCCGUGACUUCAAAUCCAAGUGAAAACUGGAUCAACUCCAACACAGCAAAUACAGACCAAGUCUGUGUAUCAGACAGAGAGAGACAAACGGGGAGAAAAGGCACAGAUCGUGAACCAAGUGUGAACUGUGUGGCCAGGAAAGCAGCUUUACCGAGUGUUCCUGCAGGGAUGAGUGGUACCCUAAAGUCUGCUCAGGACGACAGAAAACUCCCAUUUCACAGAGAAGAACUCUCAGCUCAAGGCCACUUACCUCAUGACUGUGCCACAGAGGACAGUAAAUGUGCUACACCCACCUCAGCUGUUUCCUCCAGAUGUCUCUUGGGACAACCAUCUGAAAAAGGUUAUAAAAAUAUGGAAGCAUCAGGAACCUCAGAGAGCCAUGAAGCUCCGGAAGCUCCAUUCAUGGGUCCCUGGGAUUUGAACACCAGUGCCACACAUCAGAGAGAGAGUCCAGAAUCCGACACUGGCAGCGCUACCACAUCCUCAGACGACAUAAAGCCCCGCUCCGAAGACUAUGACGCUGGGGGGUCUCAGGAUGACGAGGGCUCCCAUGACAGAGGCGUCUCCAAGUGCAGCACGGCGCUGUGCCAUGACUUCCUUGGGAGAAGCAGCAGCGACACCAGCACCCCUGAGGAGUUGAAGGUGCAUGAAGGUGACCUCAGAACCGAAGUCAGAGUGAGAAAGCCGGGUGGGGGAGACCUCCCGCUCCACUCGGCAAGUGAUGAUGAGACCCCUAGGAAGAAGCCAGAUCCCUGGUCUCGAUCUACGAUAGUCCACCCCAGGGAGAAGGGAAGUGCUCCACGGGGCAGUGUCCCAUCUGCUCAGGAAGUAGACCAGGUUUCUUCUUCAGCAGAUGAGACAGAAGAUGAAAGAUCUGAAGCAGAAAACGUUAGGGAACACUCCUCUCCGUCCAACUCAGGUACUCAGCACGUUCAGGGGAUAAUUAACUUAGCUUUUGAAGAUGGAACUGAACAUGAAAGUCGUGAGUUUUCUGCGACUAAGAAGUUUAGAAGGUCAGUGUUGCUCUCGGUAGAUGAGUGUGAAGAAGUGGGGUCUGACGAAGGCGAAGGCCAUACCCCCCUCCAGCCCUCCCUAGAUUCUCUUUCACCUUCUGAUGUUUUUGAUGGUGUUUCCUAUGAGCAUCAUGGAAGGACAGGCUACUCCAGGUUUUUCAAAGAAAAUGAAGCGACUACUGCAGAGCACAAAUACAGUAGAGGCAACGAUGGGCAUAAAAAUGAAGGUUUUCUCCUGAGCCCUAGGAGCAGAGACUUCCCAAGACAAGGUAAGCAGUGUGUCUCAACAGGUGAGAAGACCAGGUUAGAUGUCCCGCCCAAAGCGAGCCAACAGCCUUUUCCAGAAAGUAAAGACAUGACUAGUAAACGUGAGGUGGCUCACGGCUUGCAGCAGCACGGCACGCUCACGGACGGGGACACCAGAUCUCAAGAACGGCCAUGUCAUUUGGAACUCCACCAGAGAGAACCCAGCUCCACCAUACCAAAGAUCAGCUCAGCGAGAUCUCUCGACUCCUGUCCCAGCCAGGUGCUGCCUCAGGACGGUCAAGUGACAGCCACCCACCCCACACCUCCCAAGAGAGCUAAUAAUGCUGUGUUUUCAGGAGACAUAGAUGAUUGUGAUACAAUGGCACAAACCACCAUGUAUGACCACCGGCCUUCAAAAACCCUCUCUCCAAUACAUGAGAUGUCUCUAACAGCAGCGUGUGAGCAGAAAGAGGAGUCAGGAACCCAUGUUGCAGACAGGGCCUCUGAGGAUGAGCAGCCCUUUGCAAAGCAGGACUGGACACUGCUGAAGCAGCUGCUUUCUGAACAAGACGCAAACUUAAAUGUGACCAGCUCUCUGCCUGAAGACCUGAGCCUAGCCCAGUAUUUAAUCAACCAGACACUCCUUUUAGCCCGAGAUAGUUCGAAACCUCAGGGUUCAGCACACGCUGACACUUGGAACAGGUGGAGUGAACUGUCGUCCCCACUUGACGAUUUGACAGCAAGUGCCACCACGGUUAGUGUUUCUUCCACAGAUUGUUCGCCUCAAGGGGAGUGGACAAUCCUGGAACUGGAAACCCAGCAUUAGGAGUUUCACAGUCGGGAGAGAUUUAGACUAUGCCACCCCUGUUUUUUUGAUGCCUAUUUAUAUUUAAAUUAUAAUUUAGUUAGCCAAAUAUAGACUGUCCUUAAAAUUGAUGGAGUCUUUUAAUUUAUUGAGGUAAAUAUAACUUAUUUAUUAAUACUAUGUCUCAUAUUUUGAAAAUGUUUUUCUAAAUUUAUGAGCAUGUUUUCUACAUCCAUUAGAUUAGAAGACUGAAGAAAGCCCUGGCUGCAGUUUUCUUCCCUACCUAAUGAUUUGUUCGUUUAUUCAAGAAUUUCCAUGUCAGUAUCCAAAUACAUCAACCCCUUACUCACUCUUGACUUACUCUUGACUCUGCAUACGGUACCAUAAUAAUUUACCAAUAAACUUACUGUGUGAGUGUGCACUAUACAGAAUCAGUCUGUGACUCACAUUUGGACUCAGGCUGAGUGUUGCGGCUGGGGAGACAGAGGGACCCCAGAUUUCCCAGCAUUUCAGGACUAGGACAUGAAGAGGUAGCGUACUUCAGGUUUCAGCCAUACCGCUAAUAAACUAAGAGGAGUUUGGCUUUUCUAGGUAUGUAAGGAUAGGCAUUUGACCCUUCGAAGGCGUGUGGAAACUGUCCUGUCUGUGUGGCUCCAGCAGUCACUCCCUCUUGCAUGCCAUGGGAGAAAUAUUUUGGAACUGCACUGCUCCAAACUAUCACAGCAUUAACCAAAAUGAGUGCAUGAGGCAGCUGACUGAGUCCUAGUGCGGGCAUGUGCUUCCUCUCGUCUGUUUCCUUCCUUUGUCAGACUUCUCUCAGUCUGUAGCUUUGUAGGAAAACAGAUAAUCGAUGCUCCGAAAGUAAGCGAUAGGAUCUUAGAUGCUAACGAGGAUCCCUUUAAGGGGAUGGGGACGUAACAACCAGGUUAAUACAGAGUUAUUUAUCCCAAAACAGCACUACUGUUUCCAUUCAAGUACGAAUCUAUUAUACCAUAAAACCUUUUCAUGACUUUAAAAAAGGUUUUACAUUUUUUUAUAUUAAUUCGUUCGGUGGGUGUUUACGUGGGUAGGCGCGUGUGUGUGUGUAACAGCACAUACAUGGAAGUCAGUGGACAACCUGUGAGAGUCAGUUCUCUCCUUCCUUCCACCACAGGAGUCGGAGGGAUUGAACUCAGAUCAUCAGGCUUGGUGGCAAGUUCCUUUACCCACUGAGCCACCCCUGCCCUGCCCUGAUCCUGGUUCUAUGCCUUUUUAAAAAGCUAGGCACUCUUGCAGGACCACUCAUUUAGGCCUAAUUAUCCUACUGAGCCCAAUGGGUAACUGAAUGGACUUUGCGCUCAUGUGUGAAGGUGAGUAGAGUAAGUAAGAAGUUCAGUUUCUAGUGCAGUGCAGGAGGAUGUAAGGAAAACACUGAAAUCGGAGCACAGAUGUUAAAGCUGGGUAGAAAUGUAAAGAUUUAAUGGUAAAUCUUUAAGUGGUAAAGGAAGGCUUUUGUGACCAUAAGAAUUAAAAGAUCCUACAGCUAACUUGUGGGGUAGAAUACACAACUUCUUAAUUCCAACUUGCUGUUGUUUCUUCCACACAAAACACUUCAUUUUCCCAUGAAGCUGUGACCAAGCAUUGACAAGUAGUUUGUAGUGUGAAACCGUUUAUGUGAUCGCAAUUAAAGCGCACCUUCGUUCCCCAGA